AGGAGCCGCGGCGCCGGGGGCUGCGGGCGAGCGCGAGGGGCGCCCGAGGCCGUCGGGCCGUCGGGCCUGGCUCCCCGGCUUCCCCUGACGCGCGCCCGGAGGCGGGGCCGCGUGCCGCCGGAGGGGACGGCGUGGGGCGCGGCAGUCCCCGGGAUCUGCCCCACGGCGCUUUCCGGGGUUGAGGCCGCCUCCGGGGGUGCGGGGAGGCGCCCCGUCCCGAUGGCUUCCGGGCCUGCGUCGCGAGUAGAUUUCGUGAUGCGCGUGUCUGGGUCCCUUCUCUGAGGGCGCGGCCGGUCCACGCGGAAACGCUGAAUAAAACAAACGAUAGGGGGGCCCCUGGUGGUCGCCCAUCGCACUCGGGGCCAAAGCCCGCCGCGCCGGCCCGCUCGCAGCCCCCUCCCCUCCUCUCAUGGCCCCCCCGGACGCCGUCCUUUCGCCAGUCGGCCCACCCUAGGGCCUUUGCACACCCUUGCCCCUCUCGGCCUGAGGCUGUCCCCUCCUUCAAGAGGUCCCUUGGCCCUGAGGCCGGGUAGGGCCGUCCCUUCUCCAUCACGCGCCCUGCGCUCCUAGUCACUUUCCACCGCGUGGAGCGUCUUCCCGCCCCCGCUUCGCAGGCCCCACGGCGCGGCCCGCGGUCACCGGCUCCGGGCAGCCGGCGUGGGGUCCCGGAGCGCACGGCCCGGCCGCGGGACGCUCGUCCGCUUGAACUCGAGGCCUCGGCUCCGGACUGCGGAGGGCUCGCAGGCGGGCGCCGCGUUCCCACCCUGCGUCCGCCUCUUCCUCGCCGCACCCCGGGGCCACGCGGGGCGGAGGACGCAGGCGGGGGCUCGGGGUUUUCUGUUUUAAGCCCCCGGACCUGGAGCCGCAGGUGCUGCCGUCCCCGAAAGAGCCAGCCUGUGCCCCACACUUUUCUGGGAGAGGCAUGCCACCAGGAUCGCCGCUUCCUUCCCUCCUGGGUUCCCUGCACCUGGGGAGUCAGCAUGACCCAUGCUGGCCGCUGUCCUUGAGAUAAACGCCUUUCUCUCGCUGUGGCAGCAGCAUGUCUGUGUCAGGAAAACCCCAGGCAGCGGCUGAGCUCACCCCUGGCCCCGAGGAGAAGGCAAGGGGAAAGCCGCUCUUCAAGUGGGGCUCUCUCUUCGGCCACCGAAGUGAGAAGAUUGUCUUCGCUAAGAGUGACCGAGCCCCGGAGGAGAACAUGCUCACCAUCACCAUCACGGAGACCACCAUCAUCGAGUCGGACCUGGGUGUGUGGAGCUCCCGGGCCCUGCUCCACCUCACGCUGUGGUUCUUCUUCAGCUUCUGCACCCUCUUUCUCAACAAGUACAUCUUGUCCCUGCUGGAGGGGGAGCCCGGCAUGCUAGGUGCUGUGCAAAUGCUGUCAACUACGUUUAUUGGAUGCAUUAAAAUAUUUGUUCCUUGCUGUUUGUAUCAGCACAAAACCCGGCUUUCUUAUCCACCCAACUUCAUUAUGAUCAUGCUGUUUGUGGGUCUAAUGAGGUUCACCACGGUGGUUUUGGGGCUCGUCAGCCUGAAAAACGUGGCAGUCUCGUUCGCUGAGACGGUCAAGAGCUCUGCGCCCAUCUUCACCGUGAUCAUGUCGCGCAUGAUCCUAGGCGAGGACACAGGGUUGCUGGUCAGCCUCUCCCUUAUCCCGGUCAUGGCAGGGCUGGCGCUGUGCACAGCGACCGAGAUAAGCUUCAACAUCCUGGGGUUUUCAGCUGCGUUAUCCACCAACAUCAUGGACUGUUUGCAAAAUGUUUUUUCAAAAAAGCUCCUGAGCGGGGACAAAUACAGGUUCUCGGCUGCCGAGCUGCAGUUCUACACCAGCGCUGCGGCCGUGGCGAUGCUGGUUCCAGCCUGGGUCUUCUUCAUGGGUCUGCCUGUGAUCGGGGGGAGCGGGAAGAGCUUCAGUCUCAACCAGGAUGUCGCGUUGCUGCUGCUGACGGACGGCGUGUUCUUCCACCUGCAGAGCGCCACGGCCUACGCCCUCAUGGGGGCAGUUUCCCCUGUGACUUUCAGCGUUGCUAGCACCGUGAAGCACGCCUUGUCCAUCUGGCUCAGUAUUAUAGUUUUUGGCAACAAAGUCACCAGCCUGUCAGCCAUUGGCACCGUUCUGGUAACAGCUGGCGUCCUGCUCUACAGCAAGGCCAGGCAGUACCAGCGGGAGGCAAUGCAGAGCCUCGCUGCAGCCACCAGCAGGACGCCGGAGGAUGACAUGGAGUCGCUGGUCCCUAAGGACCCCAGACCACACCACUGAGCUCUGGAAACCUCAGCCCGUGCCGAGGGCCCUGAGGCGCCACCCACUGCUGCUGUCCUCCACGCUGACACGGGAUCCCCUCCGCCUCUCCUGCUCCCUGGAAACCAGGCUCGGGGACACCCAGCCUCCACAGGUCACAGUUGGAGUGCAGGAGACUGGGGGAUGUAUAGCCUUUCCUGCUCCAUUUUUGGGUCUUCAGUCAAAACUGUCAGGAACUUGAAUGGGGAAUCCCCGAUGUCAGCUCCCUAGGGUAGAGACCAGAGCCAGCUGCCACUGAGCCAUCACCAAAUAAUGUGAAAACCGCGUCCCGCUGACCCCAUGCUGAGCACACGGGAGGGUGUUGGGACCAGGGACCAGCCUCUGCACACCUCUCGCCGGGCAGGCAGUUCCAGCUGCAGGGAGGCCAGGCCCAAAUUCCUCUGGGGGGGACAACUGUGAAGCCAGAGCUGGGUCCCAGUGCACGCCCCUCCCCGCUUGGUGCAAGCGGAGGGAACCCAGCAUCCCCAGGCCAGCCAUCCAAGGCCACCCGACUCCUCAGCCAUCUGGGGAGACUGCUGUGCUGGGACAGAGGCCACUUCGCCCACUAGCUAGGCACAGAGGUCACAGCAGCCUGAGAGACCACAGAGCUGGGCAGAGUGGGGAGGGGACAGAUAGGGUGCAGACAAAGGGUCCCCUGCUGCUGAGGGCGGGGCAUUGGGCCCUUGCCUUGCCACCGUUCCACCUGAGGCGUCCUCCCACCCCAGAGCUGCCAGCAUCUGGCAAGGUACCACUUGCGGACAGGUCAUUCGUGGAGGGGAGGGGUGCCCCACCCCCUUUCAGAGUCUGUGCUACACUAAGGCCCCUACCUCCCAAAGGUCUUGUCCCUCACCUGUGGCCAGGGCUCUGGCCAGUGACCCCCGAUGUGGUGAUUUCCGGCCCUAGAGGUUGAGGACAGACAUCUUCAGUGUUUAACUUGGGGCAGGGAGAUGCUGACAUUCUCUCUUGUCCUGGGCUCGUGUAUGUAACGAAGGCUGUGCUGAAGGGCUCCCGUGGGUGCGCUUUCUUCACUCAGCUGGUCAGGAGCCGAGCCUUAACUUGGUCUCAUGGAAGAGGAUGUUGCGAUUUUCCCUUGUGAAUGGAUGAGCAGGGGGAGCAGUGGGAAGAAGGUUUGCAGUGUUUUCAGUUUUUGUUAUGCUGCACUUAAAAUGACAGUAGUUUUUUAAAAAGGAAGCACAGGCACAGAUGCUCCUGGGAUGCACCGCCUGUGCAGGGUGAGCCCCCUCUGAACCGCAGCCUGCCGGCCGGGCCCCUCCCAGAGCCUGUGUCGGCUCGAGGCUCCUGACCUCUUCACCUCAUCCCUCAUCUCGCCUCCUGGUGGGAUUUCUGAUCAGACCAGGUCCAUCGCCAGCCAGUCCUUGAGGCCCUCCCCAUUGCUCCAAGCUCGAGUUGUGGGGCUUAUCAGAUGCAGCCCAACUAGUGGCCAUGCUCUGGCCACCUGGCUGUCGGAAGCUUGCCUGCUGGGACUGAGCGAAUUAACUGAGGAAAGGAGUUGAAGGCACUAAUUGUUCCCUAAGUGUCAUUCCCCUCCCUGCGGUUCAGGUCCUUGGCUCCCAUAAUUGGUUCACUGCUUUUCCAGUUGGCUUCUCAACUGGAAAAUAUAAAAACAGCCCGUCCUGUAGGUCAAAUGUCUUGGUAACAAAGAGCAAUAAUUACGUCUCAUUAAGUUCUGCCUACCUGAAAAAGUUUGCCAUGAUGAUGGAUGAAAAUGAGG